ACCAACUUUGCCACGUUCUGUUCGGAUCAGCAUUGCACUCUAAUGGAUUCAGAGCCUUCUCCGCAAGUCAAACGGAAGCAUAAAUUUGCACCACGAGCACCACCGCGUCUUGUUCCAAAGAAAGAAGUUAAAACCGAAGUAGUUGAGGAUGCUCAGGCUGAUGCGAACCAGGCUAAGGAUCUGCUGCGGCGUUUCAAUGAGAGUGCUAUGAAGGCAAGGAACAAGGUUGAGAAAAAAGUGUCAGCUUCACAAAUUGCUUUUGGUUAUGGUGGUGAAUCAACUUUGAAAUCAUAUGGUAUUGCCAGGGGUGGGAGAAGUGUCAACAUCAAUCAGAAUUCAGCAUCUAGUGUGGUGGCAGAGAAAGAAUACACAGAACCAUGGGACUAUUACAGUAAUUAUCCAGUAACUCUUCCUUUGAGGAGGCCAUAUUCUGGAAAUCCAGAGCUUCUUGAUGAGGAGGAAUUUGGGGAGGCUGCAGAGUCCAGAACAUACGAUGAAGAUGCAUCAAAUUCAGCAAUGGAGUUAGGCCUUUUGGAGGAAAACCUAGAGGCAAAUAUGUUCUUGGUUAAAUUGCCUCCAAAAUUGCCUAUGGUUAUACAAUCAACUACUGAUGGAGGCAAAGAAGUUAAUCCAAAAUCUAAACCUCCUGGAGGUUCAAAAAAAGUGGAGAAGUUUUGUGAGUUGAAAGACUUGCCAUCUGGCUUCAUGGGUAAAAUGCUGGUAUACAAAAGCGGUAAAAUCAAGCUCAAGCUUGGCAAUACCCUUUAUGAUGUUUCUUCGGGUAUGAAUUGUGCCUUUUCCCAAGAUGUGGUUGCUAUCAAUACGGCUGAAAAAAAUGUGUGCACCAUUGGGGAGAUAAGCAAACAUGUUACGGUAACCCCGGAUAUAGAUGACAUACUUGACAAUUUGUCUUAUUAGUGAUAAAUUCAAAUCAUCUUUGUUUUCAGAUAGUUUACAUUUUACCAAAAAAGGAUAGUUUACAUUUACAAAAAAAGGAUAGUUUACAUUUUUACGUAUAGUUAUGAAUUUGUUGAAAUGAUGUCAUAAACAGUGGACUGAGAAUAAAUAAGAAAAAAGAGCACGCAAUUUUCUUUCUGUCUUGAAACGGAAUCAUAUAUGAUUCACAGAACUUAAUGCAGGAAAGGAAUUCCCAG